UUUUGUGUCGUUCGGCCCGUUUCCGGGUUUCUGAGCCGUUACCGAUAAAAACUCACGGUGUCAACGGGGAGUAUGGCUCUGCUCGCAGCUCGGGAGUGCGGGUAAAGUUCUCCGUAGCUGCCUGAAACCGUUAAAAGUGAGUCUUGAACGCUUUUCACACGUUAAUUUUUUUUUACACCCUCCGUUACUGGAGGGAGGGAGGGGGGAGUAAGCUCCUCUUGUUGCCCGGGAUUGAGCAGCCAAAGCCGGGGAGCCGCGCUGACACUGACAGCUGGAGGUAAACAGCUAACGUGCUAACGGACGCUAGCCGGCUAACCUGCGGAAGGUUUUUUUUUUUUUUUUUUUUUUAAGUUAGUUACAUCACUUUACCAGCAAACCCUCCCCAUCCUACAAAAAAAAACUCUGUGUUCACCAACGGAAAGGAUUGCCACAACGGCACUUCUUCCAUUCAUGUUGUUUAGGAGGACGAGGCCAUUAAAACUCACCUUCUUCGAGCCAGGGACUCUGUGUGUGUCGUCCCAGCUGAGACGGUGAAGUCUCACCGGUCCUUACCCCCCACACAGAGAGGUGCCAACAGAGGGACAGGAUGCCUAUUCCACCCCCUCCCCCUCCUCCCCCAGGACCCCCGCCUCCCCCGACCUUCAAUGAGGCGAACACGACCGCUCCCAGACUGAAACCGAACGAGGCUAAAGGCAGAGGAGCGCUGCUGUCGGACAUCUGCAAAGGCACCAGGCUAAAGAAGGUCGGUGUGGUCAAUGACCGGAGCAGCCCCAUUAUAGAGAAAUCAGGAGGAAGUGGCGGAGGCGGUGGCGGCGGCGGCGGUGGUGGAGGAGGAGGAGGCGGUGGAGGGUUUGGAGGCGGAGGGCCAAUGGGAAUGGGAGGUCUUUUCCAAGGAGGUGUGCCAAAAUUACGCCCAGUUGGAGAUGGUUCAGCCGGUGGUUCGGUUGGCAGAUCUGCCCUGCGGCCCCCGGGGUCCCGGCCCGCUGCCCCUCGCCCCCCCGCUGUCCGCUCCAGCUCUCCCUCCCCUCCCAACAAGCCCUCUCCACCGGAGCACCAGCGCUCCCACCGCCCGUCGCUCCCUGACAUCUCCCGCCCCUCCAGCAGCAGCAGCAGCUCCUCCAUCGGCAGCGGGAUGAAGCACAGCACCUCCGCCCCGCCUCCUCCUCCACCCUUCAACAGAGGCGGCCGUGGCAACGCUCCUCCCACCCCCAGUCAGAAAGCACUUUCCUCCUCCUCCUCCUCCUCCCACAGCCACAAUAGGGAGAAGCCCCUCCCACCGACGCCCAGCAGAGGCCACACCCCUCCCAGCUCCGUGAAGCCGCCUCCGUCUUCCAGCAGACCGCCUACAGGUGGCUCUUCAGCUCCUCCACCUCCCCCGCCGUACCGACCACACACGUCAGGUGGCGUCUCCAACGGGCCGUCGCACGUGGACGGGGGCGGAGCUCCGGAGCUGCCACAGAGGCACAACUCCCUGCACAAAAAACACACAUCUGGAGGCGGCAGCCAAGGACGCAGCCACGCUCCACCCCCGCCUCCUUCACUGUCCCCGUCCUCCCAGCAGGGCGGCAGACCACCACCCCCCGCCAGAGAGCCACCUGGACGCAGAGCAGCUCCCCAGGUGCCCCCCCUCAGCUCUCGUAACGGCGGUCGGGACGCACCUCCUCCUCCGCCGCCGUACCGCAUCAACAGCUCUGCGACCUCCGAGUCCCACAGCCGAGUGGGCAAACCACCUCCGCCACCCUCCUCUUCCUCCAUCUCAUCCUCCUCCUCCCGAACCCCCGCUGGACCCCCUCCACCGCCCCCGCCCAUCCGGAACGGCCACUCCUCCAUCUCCUCCUCCAAAUCCAUCAUAGAUGAUUUUGAAUCCAAGUUCAACUUCCACCCGAUUGAGGAUCUUCCACCUCCAGAGGAGUACCGGCAUUUCAGCAAGGUCUACCCCAGCAAAAACAACAAGGGUUUGAUGAGAGGAGCUCCUCCAGCGCCGCCGGUGGGGAGGUGAACAGACGUCAGCUCAGGACUUGAACUCUCAGUCGGCGGGGGGGGAGAGGGGUGAAGAAGCACUCAAAUCACAAACACACUACAACACACACACACACACUACAACACACACACACUAACACUAAAGCACAGUGGCGAGAGUAAAACACUACGACACUACUCGUCGGGUCACCUUCUGUCUUUUGCACAAGAGAACAAAAAAAAAGAAAGAAAACCACUCGGAGGCGAGAAACGGAUUUUGUGACUGCGACCGCCUCGACUUCUCCUCUGCUGCCCGCACGCAGAAGCUUCAGUUUGACAUAUCAGGACCAAACUCCAAACAAAUCUCUGCAUUCCAUCUUUUUUCUUUAUUAUAAUAAUAAUAAUGGUGAUUUAUUUUUCUGAAUAACAUCUUUUUUUUAUUUUUGUUUUGAUUUUUAUUAUUCCGGUGUAAAUUUGUGGGGGUGAAAAUUUGACGCUACGAAUGGAAACUUGAGUUCAUGUUUCCCACAGCAACAGCUGAUAAUGCCAUGAAUGUUUUGGGGGGCUUAGUGACGGUUUAUUACUUUUAUUUUGGUUAGUUUUUUUUUGUCUUAAGUAGCCAUUCCAGCAGUGCCAGGUUGAGGGUGCGUUUGAAUCUGAAUCUCUGUGUGUCAGCGUGCCAAAAGCGGGUGGAGUCUAACGAACUGCACAGAGCGAAGACGGGACGCGUUCUUCGUACAAUCGACAUGUUUUUAAAUUCUCUUUUGAUUUGAAAUUCAUUCGUGGAGAGCUCGCCAAGAUACGACAGAAACCUUUCCUGGUUGUUUGUGUUUUUGUUUUCUACACUUGGAGACUUCCUGCUUCUCUUGCACCCCCCCCCUUUACUUUCCUCUAUGUUGUGUGUGGGGGGGGGGGGUGUUUUAUAUUUCCAUCUUCAGGCGACGUUGCACGACAGCUUAACUGCUACAACCGAGACACUGUGCAUGACGCUUUAUCUCAAUCCUGCACCAACGGAAGAGAUCAGGAUCAAGUUGAUGUGACAUAUAAAUAUAAAUAUAUAGAAUUAUUUCCCUGAACGUGUCUGCAAGCAUCUUUUCUCCAAACACACAGCGGAGGCCCAACACUACAUUGUUUACUGGAACCAAGUGUGUAUGAUUUUCCAGAGAAAAGGUGAUCUAUUGUUUAAUUGCUAUGCAAGAAGCAGUUUGUACAGAUUGUAGUUUGGUAGCAGCUAACCAAAAAAAAAUAAAAUAAAACAAAAAUAAAUAAAUAAAAAGAGGAACACUUAAGUGCCAGAGAACUGUUUGAGCAAAUGGACGUUUUCUUUACUUUUUCUUUUAAGCUUGACUUUUAAAAAAACACUAAUUACGUCAUAGUCAAACUAAGAUGCCAAGCAGGAAAAAAAUUAACAAAAAAAAAAGGUUAAAACUGUUCAGGUCAGAGUCUCCAUUCUCAGUGAUACAGCGCCUCCUGCUGGUCGUUGCCUUACACAAACCUGUUGUCACUCUUUAUCGGUACCAGUGCUAUUAUUAUUAUUAUUAUUUGUAUUUUUUAAGGGGGGAAGAUGAUGACAACAAAGUAAAUAAGAAACAAGUUUAUUUGAAAAUGCAAUAAAUAUUGUAUAUUUACAUUAAGGAAUAAUGGUAAUCAUAGUUAUUGAUCUAUUUUUUAUGUUUGUAAAAAGCUUGUAAUAUAGGAAAGAGAAAUGAUUAUAACAAAUGUUCCAGUCGGUGAGCUGUUGGCGGACUCUGUAGCACUUCUCUGGAUGUUUGACCAAUGAGGGGUUGAAUGAGCUGAAUGGAUGCGUGUGAGGUUUUACCAACGAGCCAACAUUUUUGGGGAUCCUGUUUUUCUAAAGAUCGGGUACUGUAGUGAUCGGGGGGGUCUGACGGUGGCGGCGGCGGCGGCGACACACAACAAAUAAACUCCACUUCCUGUCCUGGAUGUACCUUGUCGCACAGGUGAACCGACACGUCUGUCUCCUCCCUGUUUUCUCACCUUGUCCACUUUUUAAGAGCAAAAUCCCUGUGGUCAUUUCAUGUUAAUCAACCAUGUUUUUAUCAUUUGAAAUAAUUUCAAAUAAAUAUGGGGGAAAAAGGGCACCUGA